GCAGCAUCGAGGGCUGUGCUGCCGCUUCCUGACUUCUCCCCCAUCGGUGGCCCGAGCUGGGGCAUGGUCCGGGCGUUCAGGUGGCUUCUCGGCUGUCCCCCCAGCAAGGAGAGGCCGUCUGAUUUCUUCAGGAGACCGUGCGGGGGAACAGAGGCAGCAGGAAGGAGCCCGCAGACCUGUCGUGCAGAACUGCUGCUGCCGGGCUGGUGAAGACAGAAACUCUUGAAAGAAAAGUAUGUGGAAAGUCCUGUUAGGGGAAGGAGCGAGGUUUUGUUUGCAUGUCAUGGCUCUCUUCUGCAAGCCCUGAGAGUGCUGCAAGAGGUGAAACAAAUCCUCAAGUGUACCAAUGGAAAAAACAGGAGACACCCAGGGCUGCCAGACCAAGAAUGAAGAGGACAUCCCGAAGAGUUCCCCAUUUGACUUUGUUAUAAAACAGUUCCAAGGGAAGAGAUCCUCUUCUGGGAAAAGAAAAGAGCAGCCUUCAGCCAUCAAAAAAUUCUUCAGUGGCUUUGACUUUGGGAAAUCUGAAGGCAAGGACGGAGGGGAAACUGAAGAAACAGAAAAAAACAACUGCAGUGCUGAUGAUCAGAGUGAGAAGCGAGAUCUCUCUUUAGACGAUGAACCUUCACAUCCCGUUUCGGAAGCGGAGUCACCAUCUGGUGAGCAGAGAUUUAACCAGCUCAUGCAGAAACUGGGAAAGAAACCCAACAGCAAGAAUCUGGAUCUAAACAAUUGUGCAUUAAGUGCAGCAGAUGUAACAGAGCUGGCUUCUUUACUGCCAUUUCUCCCAGAGCUGGAGGAGAUCAGUCUGUCCUGGAAUGGUUGCGUUGGGGGGGCUCUGAAAGCCCUCACUGUGCAGCUCCAUCAUGUGAGCCUGUUACGAGUCCUUCGACUUAACAACUGCAGGCUGACAGCUGAGGAUGUCACCUCCUUAGGAGAGGCAUUUGAAAUUGUCCCUCAGCUUGAAGAACUGGAUUUAUCAUGGAACAGUAAUAUAGGUGGAAAACUAUCACUCCUAACAAAAAAACUCCCAAAAGGAUGCAAGAUAAAACUUCUGAAAAUUACAGAUUGUAACCUGACAGCAAAGGAUGGAGAAUCCCUUGCUGAAAUGCUAAAUGUGAUCCCAAACCUUGAAGUAUUGGAUCUCUCUAUCAACAAACACAUUGGCUGCAGCAUGAAGGUCAUUGCUCAGGAUCUGAAAAAUGUGCCAGGCCUCAAAGAGUUAAACUUGCACAUGUGUGGAUUAAAGCAAGACAGCCUCCAGGGCUUAGAUGCUGCCUUACAGCACCUUGCAGAGCUAAGAAAAUUAGACAUAUCAUGUAACAAAGAGAUUGGUGGUAGCUUCAAAGACGCAGCAGCUCAUUUGGCCAACUUGAAAAAUCUUGAAGUCCUUGAUCUCCACCAGUGCUGUGUAACAGAAGAAGACGUGACUGUUUUGUCCCAGGUGAUACCUUUACUCUCCAGUCUUCAAGAGCUGAAUUUAUCCUCGAAUAAAAAUGUAGGAGUCUCAUCUGCUCCUCUUCUUGGCAGACUCAGAUUUUUACCUAAACUGAAAUCUGUGGCCAUCAGCAAUUGUGAUUUAGGUGAAGAGUCCUUUUCAUCACUAGCUGAGGCUGCCCUUCACCUUCCUGAACUGGAGAUAUUAGACCUUUCUUGGAAUAAGUGCGUUGGUGGCAACCUAAAGCUGCUUUUGGGAGCACUAAAGCUUGCAACAGAGAUUCAAGUGUUAAGACUGAGCAGCUGUAACUUGGUGGCGGAAGAUUUGGCACUUCUAACGUUGCUGACGCAGGAUGGCCAUCUAGCCAGACUACGGAAGCUGGAUCUGAGUUAUAAUAACAGCAUCUCUGACGAAGGGUGGAUGGUUUUCUGUCACGGCUUAGCAGCAUUCAAAGAACUCUCAGAGCUGGAUGUCAGCCUUCGCCCCUCGUCCUGCCGUGACUGUGGGACGUGGUUCAGUGAGCUGCUAGCAGCACUGACAAAGCUGCCUGCAUUGGCAGAGCUGGGGAUGCAAAGAUGGGUCCUUUCAGAAUCACAGCGGCAACAACUGGAAAGCUUUAAUCAAGACAACAAGAGAAACAUUCGUUUUGACUGCUGAUGGAGGUUGGAGGUUUCUGGAAAGCCUUUCACAAGCAGCAUAUGAACCAAGCAUUGUGUGUCUUUGACUUAGAAAACUGCCCAGUUUUGAGUAAUGUCUUCUCAUGAGAGCUCUUGAAAUAGUUCCAAAAUUAUAUAAAACGGUUAUUUACCCUUCUGCAUACAUAGAUCCUUCCAUUUAUUAACAUAUUCUUUCAGAUUC